UUGAUCGCGGUCUCCCGUCCGGACGCACGCCCUCCAGCGACAAGUUUAAGGAUCCAGAAAGAUGCGAGUGAACGAGCAAACUGCGAUUAUAGGCCCUCGGGUGGUCUUGGUACCCUAUCGCAAGGAACACGUGCCUCAAUAUCAUGAGUGGAUGAGCGAUCAGGAACUUCGUGAAAGCACCGCUAGCGAACCGCUGAGCCUUCAAGAGGAGUACGAAAUGUGCGAACGAUGGGCUCUGGAUCAAGAUAAAUUAACUUUUAUCAUUUUUGCCAGGAAUCCCUGUCUUUCGCGUACUUCUGAUCAGCCUGCAGGAUACAAGUCAUAUUCCGAUUAUCUUGGCCAAAUGAUAGGCGAUGUCAAUCUAUUCAUAUCACCAGACGAAUCAUCAGAUUCCACCGCUGCAGAGACCGCUCAAUCGAGUCACAUUUAUAAGGGCGAGUUGGAAAUUAUGAUCGCAUCUGCUCAACAUCGUAAACUUGGCCUAGCAACGGAAGCCCUCCAACUAUUCAUUUCCUACAUCCAAAUUAUUUCAUUGCUGCAAUCUCACUCACUAGUUGGCUCAACGAGUUACUUUCCGACUCUCAGCUUCUUCUUUGUCAAAAUCGCUUUCAGCAAUACCAUCAGCCAAGGUUUAUUUGAAAAAUUAGGCUUCGAAAAAAAAAUUACCAACAAAAUUUUUGAAGAGCACGAAUACCGCUUGAAUUUCUCUGAAUCGGCUAUUACGAUUACAAUUGACCGAAAAAACAGUUUGAAGCAGAGUGAGGAAACCGAUGAAAUCCUCGACGACCAAGCACAUCGAGAAAUUCGUGUCUAUGAAAGCAAGUGGAAGGAUAACAAUCCAAUUCAAAUGGCGGUUGUACCAUGCCCUAUGUAGAAAGCGACAGCUUAGUAUUUGCAACCACGCCCAUCACUAUUGGAUCAGUUGAAUCCCAAUUUAUAUUAGAACGGAAAAUUUAGGUGGCUUUACUAAAUCCGUUUGUACAGCAAUUCAACCAUAGCCUAAACCUA